AUGGUUUCCGCCCGGACCCUGAGCUCAUGCGAGCCAUCCGCGAGUUCCCGCGUUCGCUUUUCAUCACCGACAUCCAAUCAAUUUUUGGAUUGUGCCAGCAGGUUGGCCAUUUUUCCGCUCAACUGUCAGCAGCUUUGGUUUCCCCGCUCCCGCUCCGCUUCCCCGCUCAUAAAAACUGGAUUCGCAUGGGAGUUGACGACGCAGCAUGAUGUUGCAUUCGACGCGGCCAAAGUUCUGUUGUCAACGGUCAGUGAUUUGGCGUUUUACGACCCGUCACGGCCCGCCAGCCUCCAUGUGGACGCUUCGAGGCUCAACGGACUCGGUUUCUUGCUAAAACAGUGCGAUGCUAAAAAUGUGUGGCGUGUGGUUCAAGCCGGAUCUCGCUUCUUAUCCAGUGCGGAAACAAGAUACGCGAUGAUCGAGCUUGAGUGUCUUGGUUCAGCAUGGGCCAUGCACAAAUCACAAACCACUGGGCCCAUCUUAAACAGUUACGCGCUGGACAAACUCGGCAAUCCCCGCCUUCUUCGUCUACGCCUCAAAAUGCAGCGCUCUUCAUUUGUCGCUCGAUGGGUGCCCGACCAACAAAACAUGGAUGCCGACGCUCUAUCGCGGGCACCCGUCGAUCAAGCAUCCGCCGUCGACGAACUGGGCGAGGGCCUGCCCGCGUUUCCAAAAAAAUCGCUCUAUUGA